AUGGAAGGCUCAUUCUCUAACAAUUUUCUCACAGCUUUUCUCCUCCUACUUGCCUUCACUUCCCAGAUAAACUCAAACUCAGCUGCUCGCAUUCCAGCCGGAACGACCAGCACUGAGUUCAUUAAAACAUCUUGCAGUGCAACAACAUAUCCUAAACUCUGUUUCAACUCACUCUCAAGCCAUUCAAGUGCCAUUCGAACAGAUCCAAAGCUUCUAGCCCAGACUGCUCUCUCUGUUUCUCUCAACACUGCCCGGUCAACAUCCACUAUGAUGGUUAAGCUGUCACAAAGCCAUGGAAUGAAACCUAGAGAGGUUGCCGCUAUGCAUGACUGUGUCGAGGAGCUAAGUGACUCAGUAGACCAGCUGAGAAAAUCUCUAGGGGAGAUGGGUCAACUCAAUGGCCCGAAUUAUGGUCUCGUGAUGAAUGACAUACAAACAUGGGUCAGUGCCGCCUUGACAGACGAGGACACAUGCACAGAGGGGUUUGGCGGGAAAGCACAAAAUGGGAAUUUGAAAAACACUGUGAGGGUACAGAUCCUAAAUGUCGCACAUAUGACUAGCAAUGCCUUGGCCUUGAUCAACAAUUAUGCUGCUCUUCAUGAAUAG